AUGAGGGUGGCCGAUCCCAAAAGUUGGGAUGAAGGCAAAGCAGAAGAAGAUAAGAUUAAUUUUAGUGUUCAUGGACAACAGUGUGCAGGUUAGGCUGCUAUUAUAGUAGACGGAUACAUUAAUAACAUAUUAUAAUCAUAUCAAUGUUAUAAAUUGUGAUUGGUUAAUUAUUUCGGAUCACUAAUGAAUUAGAAAUAUAUUUUUAGAUACGAACUCAACGACCUCCUAGUUCACCUAGAUCGAUUCGUCCGUGGCGUUGUAUUUUUGGUGUGCAUGUCAUAAAUGCCACAAUGGUUUUUGGAUUAUUCAAUUUGGUAUAAAUACAAAUAAUCAUAUUAUAUAGAAUAUUAUUAUUGUAGUUAUUAAUAUAUAUAUAAAUAUAUAUGUGUGUUAAUAAUUACUAUUUAAAUUUAACUGUUUUACAGAUCAUAAAAUCAAUGUUUUUCAUAUUUAAAAAGGACAAUAUUUUGCAAAAUUUAAAACUUGAAAACAAAUUAUAUUUUCUAACUGACAAAAAGUAUUUUGCAUUUUUGAGCAUGUUUUCAUGUUGGGAUUUUCUAUAUAUUUUUCCUGAUAAUCCUACAGGUUCGUAUAGUAAUUUUAACACAUUAUUUUAUUUUAAAUUUUUGUCAUUACACGUAUUUAAAAUAAUUGUAACUUUAUUAAAGUUGUAAGUACCUAAUAAUAAUACAAAUUUAAGAAUUUAGAAGUAUAAAACGCAGCUACCUGAGUAUAGCGUGGACAAAAGACGUACCGCCUACACCGUGUGUAUGUACAGUGUACACUAAGUGUUGUAGUGUAAACACAUCAAUUGCGUUUAAAGAAUUUAGAAAGGAUAUAUAGACUAAUUUAGUUUAUAUAUUGAAAGCGCUGAUAAAUCAUUACAAUCUUGUAAUCAAAAAACAAUUAUGAACCUAAUAAAUAAUAAUGGACCUAAUAAUAUUUCGCCUGAUUAUUAUUAAGACUACAUGGAAAACUAAAAAACGACUUUCUUAAAAACCACCUUAACAAAAUUUUCUUUAAAAAAAAAGUUGCAUUUACAUUUUGGUGCAAGAUUUUUGGUAAAAAAACGAAAUCGAAAAAAUUAAAGUAAUACAAUUAAUUAAUAAGUUUUUUUUUUUUUUUACAUUUAAUUCCUAAUUAUUAUGAAAACCACUGAUUAAUCAAACAAAUGAUCUCUCAAAUGCACCUACCAGAUUCAAAGUUAGCAAAAGAAGUCGCUUGUUAUAUUUUGGUUGGACCAUGAUUUCUGUAAGAAAAGUGUUUCAAACAGAAAAAAACAUACAUCAUAGUAAAACUAAUACAUUCCUUACUUUGCUCAGAACCGAAAAUUAAAUUAUUAUUAUCCGUGUAAUUCAUUUCAAAUGUUUUGGAAUCAAAAGUUUUAUCCACACACAUUGGAAAACAUUUUAGGGACCUAUGUAAAAUUUCUUGAUUUUUUCGAUUUUCAUCAAAAUUUGAACUUUAAAGACAAAAAAAAAAAAGCGAGUUUUACAAAAAAAAACCCAAUUCAUUUACCAUUAACUACAACUUGAUUUUCAUACACUUUUUAAAAAAAUUUUUUCCACAUAAAAUCGAAUAAAGAGAAUAAAAUCUCAAAAAUAUCAAAAAUAUCAAAUGGCUAUAAAUUACAUUAAAAAUAACAGAAUGUUUUAAUAACUGUGCCAAAUCAAUUCUUCUCUUUUAAGUUUAUUCAAAAUAUUUGGGGCUAGUCACUCUUGUCCUAAACUUCCACUUAACCCAAUCUCCCACCUCACAUACACCGGCUGUCCUUAUAUCAUUAUUAAUCGCAUCAAACCAUUUUUUUUCGGUCGUUAUCCCCCUCUUUCCUCUUAUGUUUAUUUUAAUACAAUAAUCACUAAUUCAGAUUUUUCUCUCCUUAUACCAUGCAUAAAUCAACAACUUAAAUUUUUAAUAAUAAUUACUAUAUUAUGUAUUUUUUAGAUGAUUUAAAAAUUCCAGUAAUUUUAUUACUUUGCACAUUACUUAUCACAAUUUCUAUGCACUGUGGUAUUCAUUUUACAAAUCCAACGAUGUUAUUACCAUUAAUUUCUUCUCAAUUAACUGAGAUGAUAUUGGAUGUGUAAGUAAAAAACUGAUUUAAUAAAAUAAUUAUAAUAUUCAUAAAUGAUAUUUUAUUUUUUAGUGUGUCAAUUUGGAAAUUACAACAUCAACUGCCAUACAUUGAUGUUUCGUUUUAUCAAUUUUUAUGUCCAAUUAUUUGGAAGGUUUGAAUAUUAAUAUUCACAAAUUAUUUUAAUUUUGGUUAUUUCACAUAUGUGCCCAAAAUAAUUUUAACUUUAUAAAUUUAUAAUAAGUAUUUAAAAUCUCUGAUAAAUUAAAAUACAAAAUGGUGUAUCCACUUAACACAAAAAAAUUCGAAUUUCUAUUUCAAAAAUGUAUUAGGCAAUAGUUUAAAAUAAUCUCAACUAUAUAAUAUUAUUGAGAAGCGGUUUCAUUCCGAACGAUAUUAAACUCUUUUGUAGACAACCCCACUGCUUGCCGCUCGCUUCUACUUUACCUCGGUCCAUGACCAGCCUUAGCUGUUCUGCCAGGAUUUAUAGCUUUGCCUGAAGAAGUUAUAAACAUAAAUUCAAUUAAUAUUGAUUUUAAAAUUAUUACCUAAUUUAUUACUGCUAAAAUUAAUAAAAUAACGAACAUUAUCUACUUAAAAAUUAAUCAUUAAGAUAGUACAUCAAUAAUUUUUAUAAGUUACUUACUAUCCAGAGUGAUUUCGGUAAGGUAGGGGGAGAGUAGUAGAGUACUAAUAAAACGCCACACGCCAUGCCGCCAUACAAAUAAUACUCCACUACUCUAUCACUACUUAAACUUAAAAAUGAAAUAUCUCGUCAACGGGUUGACGGAAAUCAAAAAGUUGAAAACACCAAAAUUGAUUUUUAUAAAUUAAUACUCCAUCUAUUUAUGGAAAUUUUUAUAUACCUAGGUUCUCAUUUUAAAAAUCAAAGUUGGUUAGGUUCCUGUGGUAUCACCACAGGAAACUACUUAAAUGUUGUGAAAAAUCUAAGUAUUCGAAAAUAUCGGUUUUAACUACACUUAAAAAUUCCAAAAAUUAGAAUUAAAACAAACGAAAAAAUUAACCAAAAUAAUGGGGAGAGCACGCUUAGGAAAUCACUCUAUACACAGUAACACAAUAACCCUUAAUAUUCUUUCUAGGCAAUUAAACAAGAUUAAUCAUAUGGUUAAAUACUAUACAAUUUUAUUUUAAUUUAAUGGUACAAAUAUUUUCAUCUAAUACAUAACUAUGUAUUUAUUUAACAUUAUUUAUUUAUUCCAGGGAUAUUUCGUUAUUGUCAUUUGGAGAUGCUACAACUAUCUGAAGUUUUUGAGACAAACUUUUGCUGAAUCGAUCCCACGUGUAGAUCCAAUCGCUUGUAUUUCUCGAAUUAAUUCAACCAGACAGCAUACUAAAAUGCAAAGAUCAAUUUCUCCACCACAUAAUGAUAAUGUUGUCGAUGAAGACGUAUUGCCUUAA